UACUGGAGAACGGUGAGACUUGUUAAACAAGACGGACCGACUCACAGUGCAUGAAUAUUCGUUUCAAACUUUAUUUCAAGACCGAAACCUUCGCAGACGCCUCUGAGUGAGCAACAGAACGUGCGCGCUCGUGUUCUCAAUGCAUUUUCCUUCCCGGAGUAGUUUCUAAAGGAGUGUUUCCCAAGGAGAUACCGUAGAACAAAACAUUGGAUUAUUUCUUCUUUGCGACGACUGACAUGAAAAGUCAAACAAACAAGUAUGAUUUUCACUAAAAUGUAGGCAAAUCACAACACAGUGCUGAUAUCGUUUCAUUAAGGCGAUACGACGACACGCACAAUGGAGCAGGAGGGUUCAUUGGACUUUAAAGCCCUAAGGGCCAAGUUUCAGGAAGAGGCUGCUUUGAGACAGAUGAAGAACAAACCUGCCAUUCCAGAGAAGCCAAAACUCAUCCCCCCUCCUGGUGCUCGAGUUUCCCUUCUGAGCUCCAUCAAUGUAGCCGUGGAAAACAAGAAUCCAGUCAUACCCAGAGUGGUCUUUAAAGAUGCUAAGACUGGAUCAGAGGCAAAGAGGCCCCUCCCUGUUGUACCCACUAAACCCCCUGUUAGAGAUUCAAACUUUAACAUGGAAAUGCUGGACCAUCAACAGAAGAAAGAAGGAGAUGUAGUCAAGCAAGCUUUCAAAGACAGAAAAUUGCCCCUUGUGCUACCAGCAGUUCCUGUGGUAACUAAAUCAAAUCCAGCUCCUCCACCAAAAAGUGUCCAACCCAAGAAAAAGGGUUUUCUCGCCUUUAAAAAAUUCUCAAAGUCUGGAAAAGAAUCUACACAAAUCAAUACGGGUCCCUCCAACACCAGUGAGGGUCCCUCCAACACCAGCGAGGAUCUCGCCAAUGCCAGCGAGGGUCCAGUCAACAUCAACGAGGGUCCCGCCAAUGCCAUCGAGAGUGCAGUCAACACCAAUGAGGGUCCCGCCAAUGCCAUCGAGAGUGCAGUCAACACCAAUGAGGGUCCCGCCAAUGCCAGUGAGAGUCCAGUCAUCAUCGACGAGGGUCCCAUCAACACCGCUGAAAGUCCUGUCAUCCACAGUGAGAGUCCCGUCAACAUUAGUGAGGGUCCCAUCGACACCAGUGAGAGUCUGGCCAAUGAUAGUGAGUCUCUUGCCAUUACCAGUGAGGGUCCCACUAGCAUCAGUGAGAGUCCUGUAGAAACCAGUGAGGAUCCAACCAACACUAUUCUGGGUCCCACCAGCAUCAGUGAAAAUCUUCCCAGCAUUAGUGAAGGUUCCCUCAACAUCACUGACAUUCCCCUCAUCAUUGAUGGGGUACUGAUACCACCACCACUGGGAGCUGAUGAGAUUGAUGGGGUACUAAUACCACCACCAAUGGGAGCUGAGGAGAUUGAUGACAAGGCCCCAAAACUGGAUAAUGAGAAUGUUCCACAUGAGGUGGACUUGUGUUCUGAGCCCCAGUCUUUAAGUAUAGAGAUGCAGGACCCUCCACCUUCAGGAGAUGAGAGGGCUGAUGAAGUGUCCACAGGGAGCAGGACCCCGCCUUGUGAUCAGCGUGUUCUGAACGCUCUUGAAAAUGCGAAGAGGAAAUUCUCACCCUUUAAUUCACUGCAGCAGGCCAGACCGAAGAGCGCUUCCCCUGUCAAUGGGGAUCAGUCUGGUGAAGUGACCCCCAGCCGUCUGUGCCCGGAACUGCCCCCCAUAGACUAUGAGGAUCUAAUUGGACGUGUACCCUCCGCAGCAUCUGUUUCUCCAGACAAUAAGCGUGAUGGCUCAUCUCCUAGGGAGCCCUCAUCUUCUUUGGAAGGCAGUGUAGAACAGGGGAUGGAGGAAAUAAUUCCUCCUCCAAGACAAUUUCUCCCAGACUUGGAGUCAUUGGGCCCUCCUCCAGAGAAGCCUGCAAGACCCCCAUCUGUGGAUCUUGGUCCGUACCAGGCCACAGCUCCAGAAGCUUAUGUGGAGAACGCACUGGAUACACCAGCACUUCCAGAUCAAGCAUUUUCGGUCCCAGAGUUUGACACUCCUGAGUGUGAGCCUGUUGAACUUCCUGUUGAAGUUCCACAACUAGAGGCACCCGAAGUUCCAGAUUUUGAGACAUCAGACUUUGAUGCCCAACAUUUAUUGACUGAUGAAGUUGGAGCUGUUGAAUAUGGUGAGCCUGAGGCUCUGGAUCCUGGUGCUCUGAAUGGUGGUGCCCUGGACCUUGGUCCUCCAGAAUCAGAGGAUGUUAAUCUUGGGGAUCCAGAUUUUGGAUCUCAAGAAAAUGAGACUCCAGAGGCUGAGGCUCCAGGAACCACUGUCACUGACUCCCCUGAUUCACCCAUUUGCAAGGAGAGUGAGCCACAACCAGGAGUCCAACAGGAUGAGGGCCAUUAUGAAAGCUGUGAUAACGUUUAUGAGGAUGUGGAGGCUGCUAACAAAAAAAAAGGUCAAAAUGGUCGGAAACGCAAAGGACCUCCAAAAAAUCCUUAUGCUGAUGCCCAGCCAGUGAGUGAAGAGUCUCACCGGAGUUCGUGGUUCUUUAAUCCACGAAAUGAACGAAAGGUAAGCCCAGAGGCUCAUGAUGACAAAGAGCUGAAGAAGAAAGAGAAGCAACGUCUGGAGAAAGAGAAGAAAGAGCAGAAAGAGAGGGAGAAGAAAGAAAAUGAAAUGAAAAAGAAGUUCAAAAUCACAGGGCAGGAGGACGCCAUGUACGAGGCCAAAGUUAUUUUACCAAGCAAGGGCCGUAAGAACGACCUGCCCGUAAAGACCGGGGACAUUAUCAGCAUUAUCCGAACCACCGACUGUCCCAAAGGGAAAUGGCUGGCCAGGGACAGCACCAGCAAGUAUGGGUACAUCUCUGUGAAAAGUGUAGAGCUGGAUAUCAAGGAGAUGCUGGAGUUGGGGAAGAAGGCCCAGGCUGCAGGUCGCAGCACUGCGACUGAGGCGGAGACCGUCAGUACGGGCAGCAGGUCGUCUAAUCACUACCCGCUUUCUGCUUGCAGCUUUACAGACGACAGUGAGGAAUGGACCUGUGAUGAUGAUGACACUUUGUCUCCCACAGAAAACAUGGGAAAUGGUCAGACUGCCCCAAUGGUUGAUAUGUCAGUGAGUGACCACACAGACCUUCAGCACACUGUUGAUGAUGGCAGCUCGGAUGGUAACAAUAUGCACGCGAAACAUGAAGCACUUCAGAAACUGGCAACCUUCUUCCGGCAGCCAAGAGGAACCACUGAAACUGAGAUCGAAAAUAUUACUACAGCAGGAACUGAAGAAGCACCCAGCCUGUUGUGUCCUGUGGAGGAGUCGAGCUACCCCAGCGAGCAGGAGGAUGUCAUGGAGAUCCUUCCUCCACCAGAACUGUAUGCAGACAGCGUGGAUGAUCUACCCAGCCUGCCCACGAUUGGCGUGGAAUGAACACUGGAAAUUGGACUUCUUCACGAGGCCCCCAUGUGGCCAGCCAUAUACGACUGUUGCUGACAGAGUUCCAGGUUGGAGAACGGUAUAAUUCAUCUGGGAGAAUGAGAUAUUUACCAAGUAAGCCUCGCUUGAGCUGCGCUGAUGAAGAAUGAGAAACAACUUGUGUUUGUUUUAAACGUUUGGGUUAGUAAUAAAGCUUUUGAUGAGUGGUGACCAGCCAGCCGCAUAAAGGACCAGGCCCUCUCAAGGUCAUCGGAUGGAAUUGUGCAUUUGUCAGCGAGUGCCUGUGGUGAACUGUGUGAUGUGUGAUUAAAGUAAAUUGAAAAUCCUUUCACCUUCAGGUCAAGAACUGUUUGGAUCCAGUUUGGAUUUGAGGGAAAGUAGAGAAACGAUCGAAACCGUGAUUAUAGUAAUAAUGAAAUGUAAUAAUAGGGGCUAAAAGGUCUUUAUGAUGUUUGAAACUUAAGUAUAGUCAGUGACAACAGUUGCUUCACUGGUUCAAAGAUUGCAAAUGCAUUACGUUACAGAGAUCAUAAGCGCAGAUGCCUCCAUUGGCAGAAUAGUGUUGAUGGUGGAAUUCUUGAGUUGGACUUAUUUUCUUAAUAACAUACAAAACCAAAAAAAACAAUCUAUUGUUAAGUUGUUACAUCUCUACCAACACAAGUUCCUGUUGUAUUAUACCUUUGAUAUAUUAAAGUGUCUUUACUGAGUGAAUGUUUACUCUGCAGUAUACAAAACAAGUAUAAUGGAGGUUCUUUGAACUUAUUACUAGUAUUAUGGGGAUAAAAUGUUUAUGAUAUAGUGCCAUGUGUGGCAAUAUAUUUGUCUUUCUAUUUGUGCAAAAAUAUAGUAUAUACAUACCAGUAUGUUUCUGUAUGUUCUCUUACAAAUAAUAAAUAUCUUCAUUUUAUAAGGGCACUUCCUGUCUAACUAAAUGUGAAAAUGCCUUGAGAAACAAUGAGCAACACAUCAGUGAUUGUAUGUGUCUGUGAUAUAGUUGCAUAUAGAUGUGAAAGGAGAACUGAAGAUAAAAGAUGGUCUCUGGCAAGUUUGAGCAUUCCUUGAUCUAUUUUGUCAACUCAAGUCUGACAAUCAACUGAUGUAUACUCUAUUAUCUUGAAUGACUGUUUGUUAUUUCUGUUUGUCGCUAAGCUAUAGCUCAUUAAACUUGACUUGGGUCUUACUAGAUCCCCACUGCUUUGGUUAAGUUUGAGUGUUGUUAGCUAUAUAAUACACUGGCAAAAUGAAAAGUCCUAUGAAUGUGAAUGCAAUAAAUGCCAUAGACAAUAA